AUGGGGUCAUUCAAUCUUAACUCAAUGACAUCAUUUUCUCAUUUACUUGGAUCAUCCACAAAAAUUCCGAUGCUAAUUCCAAAAUAUUACGAUCAGUGGGCAGAUCGUAUGCAAGACUACUUGAACGGAUUGGAUGAGGAUUUAUGGAAUUGCAUUUCAGGUGAAAUAAAUCCACUUGCAACAGUUCAGUCAAUCGGUGUAUCUUCAAGCAGUUCUGAGAAACCUUUUAAUACUAAGAACAAGUCAUCAGACUCGAAGGGUAAUUUUGAGAACAAAAACAGAGCGGAUGAAAAACUAAAAGAAGUAAAGAAGGAUUCGAAGAGUGAAAUGGAGAAAAUGGAAAAGAUGUUGAAAGAGAAGCUGGAGGAAGUGAAGUUGAAGGCAAAGAAUUUAUCUUUGGUAGCUCAUGGAGAAACUGAAUCGGAUGGUACAUAUCAAAUAUGGUCUUCAGGUUCUGACGAUGAAGAGAUGAAAAAUCCAUCACAUGGAGCCAUGUUUGCAAAGAUUGAAGAGGAUUCAGACGAAGAACAGACUUACGAAGUGCGUGGGCAAUGCUUCGUAUCGAAGUCUACUGACAAGUCACCUAUGACAACAAAGAUACAUGAGGCGUAUGACAAGUAUGCAAACCCUUCAAUGAAUGGCAGUCCAUCAUCCAAGGAAUCCAACAUUACAGUUAAAGCCUGGAAACCAGUCACAAAAGCGAAAAGUGACAUAUCAAAAACUCAACAUGCGAAGGGGAAUAUCAGUGAAAAUUUGAAAACAAUAAAAACUCAUAUAUCUGACCCUUUGAAUGAAAAUGUUAAAUUUGUUGGCAGUUUCAAAACAAGGGUUUAUGAUUGGGUACUUUGUGAUGAGCAAUACGAUAACAAGUGGUAUAUUGAUAGUGGUUGCUCACGUCACAUGAAUGGAAAGAAGGAAAACUUACGUGAUUUUCGAAGUCUAGAGAAUGGUGGAGUGGUUAAGUUUGAUCAAGCAAUUGAUGCAGAGAAAAAUGCGAAAGAUAAUCAACAAUCAGAAAAUUCGAAGCUUGAUAAUGACUCAAUUUCGUGUUCGAAUCAAAACACAAAUGUAAUAUCUGGUGGUCCAAUGGAGGGGGAGCACUUGGAUUCGAACAGUUUUGUUGAAAGGGAGCAUUCUUACGAAGCAGAUGUUAUGUCUACCAAUGUUGAUGUUGAGGGGGAGCCAAUCAUCGAAGCAGAGCAAAUACACGAAGACGAGCCAAUAUUUGAAGAGGAGCCAAUACUCGAGGGGGAGCCAAUACUUGAGAAAGAUCCAAUUCUUGAAGAAGAACAUUUCGAUGAUGCUGAGGAUGCAUGUUCAAUUAAUGGAUCAGAAAAUGAUGCUAUGUUUGAAGAUGCACCUUUGGAUUUUGAUCCUGAUUAUCCACCAUUAGAAAAAUGGACAAGAAAUCAUCCAAAAGAACAAAUUCUUGGAGAUCCACAAGCGGGAGUAUUGACAAGGGCUCAACUUCAUGCAAGAAAUGAGCACACACGAAAUCCUCGAGGUUUGAGUGUUACCAACUCAAACUGA